AUGCGCAGCCGUGUUGCGCAAUCGUACGUCGUACGUCGUCAAAGUCGGGAAAUCCCUAAAGCUCCACGCAUGGCACGAACGAAUGUGCCCUGGGGAAUGCUUUCCCUGUGUGCCUUCUUAAUUAUUUGCGGUCUUUCCCGCGCAUCCGCUGACUCGACAGAGGCGACUGCAUUGGUGAAACAGAUUAAUCACCCCUUCCUCUCUACCUUCUCGCGGAUAUUCGCCGAAUUCCUUCGAUCAGAUGAGGACCUCCUUUCCGAGCCGUCCACCCUGCUCGUGCCGUCCAACAUCGGAUUCGAACAAAUCAAAUGGGACGAUUUCACAGAAGUCCAGCAGAAACGCAUUUUCCGCCACCAUAUACUCGCAGGGCGAUGGACGCUGACUGACCUGCUAAACGCGCAGCCUGGGACGAAUUUCACAACCAGAGAUGGUGGAAGGCUAGUGACCAAGGUAAAGAAAGAUCAAGAGUGUUAUUUCCAGACUUACCCUCCCAUGAAGAUCCCGUCACCACUUAACAUCCCUGCAGCAGCUUCGACGGACAAGCUGAUUGCUCAUGGGGUUACGUUUGUCUUCUUGCCUCCUAAUCUCUUAGCAUGCCCAGCGUCAGAGGCAAUUUGUGACAAGUGA